ACUAGCCAAUCAGCGUCCAGCAAACAUCAGCCGGGCCCUCGGCAGAUACAAGGCGGAACACAAAACUCGCAGUGAGCUCCUUCCCCCGGCACCGUUGGUUCCGACGGAGCCGAGGAAAGCUGUCAUAUUCCACCCCGGAACUCCAGUACACCUCGCCGAAAACACCGUAUUUCAAACACAAGCCGCCGCCGCCGUCAUGUCUGCCAAAGCCAUCUCCGAGCAGACCGGGAAGGAGUUCCUCUACAAGUACAUCUGCACCUCCGCCCCGGUCCAAAACCGCUUCCGCUAUGCCAACGUCACUCCCGAGACCGACUUGGACCGACUGGCGCAAGAGCACUCGUGGCUGCUCACAGAGAGGCUGGUGGUAAAGCCGGACCAGCUGAUCAAGAGGCGUGGCAAGCUGGGUCUGGUGGGCGUCAACCUGGACCUGAAUGGCGUCAGAGAGUGGCUGAAGCCCCGCCUCAUGAAGGAGACCGUGGUGGGAAAAGCCAAAGGCGUUCUCAAGAACUUCCUCAUAGAGCCCUUCGUCCCCCACAAGCAGGAGGAGGAGUUCUACAUGUGCAUCUACGCCGCCCGUGAGGGCGACUAUGUGCUGUUCCACCACGAGGGAGGGGUGGACGUCGGCGACGUGGACGCCAAAGCCAAGAAGCUGCUAAUUGGCGUGGACGAGAAGAUCAGCGAGGAGUCUGUGACCAAGCAACUGCUGUCACACGUCCCUAAUGAUAAGAGACUGAUCCUGGCCCAGUUCAUUGUCGGACUCUUUAACCUGUAUGAGGACCUGUUCUUCACAUACCUGGAGAUCAACCCACUGGUCGUCACCAAAGAUGGCGUCUACGUGCUGGACAUGGCGGCAAAGAUCGACGCCACGGCGGACUACAUCUGCAAGGCCAAGUGGGGGGACGUGGAGUUCCCGCCACCUUUUGGCAGGGAGGCCUACCCUGAGGAGGCCUACAUCGCCGACCUAGACGCUAAGAGCGGUGCCAGCCUCAAACUGACCCUGCUCAACCCCCAGGGCAGGAUAUGGACCAUGGUGGCAGGUGGAGGAGCUUCAGUGGUGUACAGUGACACCAUCUGUGACUUGGGCGGAGUCGACGAGCUGGCCAACUACGGCGAGUAUUCAGGGGCGCCGAGCGAACAGCAGACUUACGACUACGCCAAGACCAUCCUGUCGCUCAUGACCAGGGAGAAACAUGCUGAUGGAAAAGUCUUGAUCAUCGGAGGAAGCAUUGCCAACUUCACAAACGUUGCAGCCACAUUCAAGGGAAUUGUUCGAGCCAUCAGAGACUACCAGGUGCCUCUAAAGGAGCAUGAAGUUACCAUUUUUGUCAGGCGUGGGGGUCCAAACUACCAGGAAGGUCUCCGGGUGAUGGGAGAAGUCGGCAAGACCACCGGCAUCCCCAUCCACGUCUUUGGCACGGAAACCCACAUGACCGCCAUCGUCGGCAUGGCGCUGGGCCACCGGCCAAUCCCCAACCAGCCUCCCGUGGCCGCCCACACCGCCAACUUUCUUCUCAACUCCAGCAGCAGCCAAUCGACUCCAGGGUCCACUCGAACAGCGUCCUUCUCCGAGAACCGAGGCAAAGCCGAGAGCUCGCCGGCGAAGAAAGCCAAAAGUGGAGCUCCUGUUGCCAAGGCAACCACUCUGUUUAGCAAGCACACCAAGUCCAUCGUGUGGGGCAUGCAGACACGCGCCGUGCAGGGCAUGCUGGACUUUGACUACGUCUGCUCCAGAGACGAGCCCUCAGUGGCGGCCAUGGUGUACCCCUUCACCGGAGACCACAAGCAGAAGUUCUACUGGGGCCACAAGGAGAUCCUCAUCCCCGUGUAUAAGAACAUGAGCGACGCCAUGAAGAAGCACGCGGACGUGGACGUGCUCAUCAGUUUCGCUUCCCUGCGCUCAGCCUUUGAUAGCACCAUGGAGACCAUGCAGUACCCGCAGAUUCGCACCAUCGCUAUAAUAGCUGAGGGAAUCCCUGAAGCCCACACCAGGAAGAUCAUCAAGGCGGCGGAUGAAAAGGGCGUCACUAUCAUCGGGCCAGCCACGGUGGGAGGCAUCAAGCCGGGCUGCUUCAAGAUCGGGAACACGGGAGGAAUGCUGGACAACAUCCUGGCCUCCAAACUGUACCGGCCGGGCAGCGUGGCGUACGUGUCGCGUUCGGGGGGCAUGUCCAAUGAGCUCAACAACAUCAUCUCGCGUACCACCGACGGCGUCUUUGAAGGGGUGGCCAUUGGGGGAGACCGGUACCCGGGCUCCGUGUUCACUGACCACGUGCUGCGCUACCACGACACCCCCGGCGUGAAGAUGAUUGUCGUGCUCGGAGAGAUCGGCGGCACAGAGGAGUACAAGAUCUGCCAGGCUAUCAAACAAGGCAGGAUCACCAAGCCCGUGGUGUGCUGGUGCAUCGGAACCUGCGCCACCAUGUUCGCCUCAGAGGUCCAGUUUGGCCACGCCGGAGCGUGCGCCAACCAGGCUUCGGAAACAGCGGUGGCGAAGAACAAAGCUCUGAAGGAGGCUGGCGCUUUUGUGCCGAAGAGCUUUGACGAGCUGGGAGAGAUCAUCAAGUGCGUAUAUGAUGACCUUGUUACCAAAGGAGUCAUCCAGCCAGCGCCAGAGAUGCCACCCCCCACUGUUCCCAUGGACUACUCCUGGGCACGAGAGCUUGGACUUAUCCGUAAACCGGCAUCCUUCAUGACCAGCAUCUGUGAUGAGAGAGGGCAGGAGCUCAUCUACGCCGGCAUGCCAAUCACUGAGGUCUUCAAGUCUGAAAUCGGGCUGGGAGGAACUCUGGGGCUUCUCUGGUUCCAGAGGAGGUUGCCCAGAUACGCGUGCCAGUUCAUCGAGAUGUGUCUCAUGGUGACGGCUGAUCACGGUCCGGCCGUAUCCGGAGCCCACAACACCAUUGUGUGCGCUCGGGCUGGGAAAGAUCUCAUCUCCAGCCUCACCUCCGGCCUGCUCACCAUUGGCGACCGCUUCGGAGGAGCUCUGGACGCCGCGGCCAAGCAGUUCAGCAAGGCUUUCGACAGCGGCAUCCUGCCCAUGGAGUUUGUCAACAAGAUGAAGAAGGAUGGCAAGCUCAUCAUGGGCAUCGGCCACAGAGUCAAGUCUAUUAACAAUCCAGACAUGAGAGUGCAGAUCUUGAAGGACUUUGUGAAGCAGCACUUCCCCUCCACACAGCUGCUGGACUACGCUCUGGAUGUGGAGAAGAUAACUACCUCCAAAAAACCCAACUUGAUCCUCAACGUGGAUGGCUUCAUCGGUGUGGCCUUUGUGGACCUGCUCAGAACCUGUGGUGGAUUUACCAGGGAUGAGGCUGACGAAUUUGUGGAAAUAGGAGCUCUGAAUGGCAUCUUUGUCCUGGGUCGCAGCAUGGGAUUCAUUGGACACUACCUGGACCAGAAGAGGUUGAGGCAGGGUCUGUAUCGUCACCCAUGGGACGACAUCUCCUACGUUCUCCCGGAACACAUGUCCAUGUAGGACCACUGCACCCUUGGCUGAAGCUUUGGCAUUUCAUCCUGUUACUGUUAAUAUCACUGUAUUGCUUGAAAGAGGUACGAUGUUUAUUUUUGGAAAAAUCAGUGAAUAGUGGAGAAAUCACGUGAUACUGUGAACAUCCUUUCAACAAGACCAUUCCGUCGUUGUGUCUCAUUGUGCCAUUUGCUCCAUCAUGAGUUUGUUUACAGGGUGACCGUGUAGUGCAAUAAUAGGAACACUGUAGAUGAUAGCUUUAUUUAUGUAUAGGUGUCCUUGUCUGUAAUGUUCUUGUCUCGGCAAGAUGUGACUAAUGGGAUGGCUGAAAAAGGGAUCAUAUAUUAAUAUCUAAUAAUACUAUAAUAGUAACACAUCAGCACUACAAUGAUAUUGCUAAUUGGUCUGACUUAUUAUUAUAAUGGUUGGUUGUAGUCACUGAUAAAUGGCUACACAGGGUAACAUUGCCAAUGUGAGACGAUACAUUUCCCAUCAAUGUAUUAGGAAUAUUUCAUUAGAAAGUCAAUGUAAUGAUAUAAUGAACUCAAUUGGUAUUGUUGCAAAGUUUGUAUGUGACCUGACUUUGUCAUGUUUGUCAACGUGUGUGUACCAGAGUAUAUGUCUGCUGUGUAUCAGUAAAGAACGGUUUUCGCUCA